AUGGAUUUCCUUUGGGUUGUAAGAGAUAUUGAAAAAUGCAAAUUGCCUAAAGGAUUCAUAGAAUCCACAAUAGGUAAAGGACUCAUUGUGUCAUGGUGCAAUCAGCUCGAGACGCUAGCGAAUCAAGCCAUUGGUUGUUUUGUAACUCACUGUGGAUGGAACUCGACGCUGGAAGGACUAAGCCUCGGCGUGCCAAUGGUGGCUAUGCCACAAUUUUCGGAUCAAAUGACGGAUGCAAAGUUUAUUGAUGAGAUAUGGGAGAUUGGUGUGAGACCUAAGUUGGAUGACAUGUUAGGAAUUGUCAAAAGAGAAGAGUUGUUGUUUUGUUUAAAAGAGGUAAUGGAAGGAGAAAAGAGUGAUGAGAUUAGAAAAAAUGCUACAAAAUGGAGAGAUUUGGCUAAAAAAACAGUUAGUGAAGGAGGUAGCUCAGACAAGGCUAUUAAUGAGUUUGUGGAGAGUCUAAACUUAGUUUGA